UCAGUAAGUGCUGAUCACUGAAAUGAACGUGAGAAGACAGACAAAUAUUUCACUGUAAACUUUAUCAAAGCAUUGAUCUAGAUUUCUAGAUCUAGAUUAUCUAAAUCUAGAAUUACCUUGUGUUUGAAUUUUAACUAGGUUUCUAGACAUAGAUCUAAUGUUGAUUUAAGGUGUUUGUACUUUAAGUGGAUGCUAUAUGAAGUUUGAGACUACCACAUGCAGUCAGAGUUACAACAGGACCCCCACAAGUAUGCCACUGUGGGGGUUGCAGCCAGGUUGGGUGAUCUUAUGGGACUUCAGGAAAUGGUCUGGCAUGGGAGACCAAUAGAUGUUUUUGACAACAGAGGAUGGAGUCCACUUCAUGAAGCAGCAUAUCAUGGGAACACUGGUUGUUUGGAAUUCUUAUUGAGACAACCUGAAGUUGACCCUGAUUGGACAACGCAUGCCAAAGAAACACCUUUAAUUUUGGCAGCAAGGCAAGGCCAGCAUGAUGCUCUUAACACCUUAAUCAAUGCAAGAGCUGAUAUUGACUUUACUACCAAUGAGGGAUACACACCUUUAUGGGAAGCUAUCAAUUCUGGAAGCUUUCCAUGUUUCCGCACACUAAUUAAAAAAGAAGCAGAUGUCAAUGCAAGAGUCUAUACUCGUUACUCCCCAUUACAUUUAGCAGCAGAGAAAGGACUGGCUCAUUUUGUCAGCCUUUUACUUCAGCAUGGAGCAGAGCUAGAUGUCUAUGCUGAUCAUAAUUUGUCUCCCUUAUUUUUAGCAGCACAUAAAGGUCACACAGACUGUGUGAAACUUCUAAUAAAAUUUGCUAAAGAUAGAGGCGUCAUGCACAUUGUCAAUGCUGCUGCCUCAGACAAUGCUACACCCUUGCUGAUAGCAGCCCAGGAAGGGUAUGCAGCCAUUGUUGCCAUCCUCCUUCAUUAUGGUGCUGAUGCGAAUAUCCCUGCUGAUGGAGAGAACGCAGUGGCUCUUCAGUAUGCAGUGCUUAACGGUCACUAUCGUUGUGUAGAGUUGUUACUUCCCUACACAGAUAUGACUGUGUUUGAAACAGGAGAUUUUGACUCCAUGCACCCUCUUGUCCGGGCUCUUAAACAUCAGGAUACAACAAUACUCAGACUGUUACAUGGUCACUUGACCAUUAAUCGGACGUCCAACAUCCCAUCCUAUCUCAGGCUAGAACUAGGUCACCUGGCCAGUGCACUAGUGCCAGCUAGAACCUGUUCUCUACUUUGUUUGAUAGAAUCAGACUGGCCCUUGGCUGGUGCAGAGUAUCUACUUCAGAAUGGGGUCAGCCCUAAUAUAACUAAUACUGAUGAUGAACUUGCGCCACUGCUGGUAGCUUUGUGGACAAAACGAGAUUUAUUUUUUCAGCUGCUCCUCCGCCAUGGGGCAUCCCCGAAUGUGUAUCAUACCAAUGUGACAGGAAAUGUGGCCAUGCUUCUGGCCUUCCAAAAAGAUUUGGAACUUGAACGUGAUCUGUCUGCCUUUGUGAGGAACUCUAAACAGCCCAAUUUUCAGAUUUUUUACAUCUGGCAGCUUUUCUUAGCGGGUGGAGAGUCUCAUUCCUUGUUUGACCUCUGUGAUCCCAUGAAUGGAGAGAACUGCGGCAGUCCGGCAAUCACAAACUUAUUUGGAUUAAUGUUUUACAUGUUUCACCGCAAGGAGAACUUAGUCCCAGUCCUUGCACUGCUGAUGUGUAUUAGUGAUCAUGCCAGUUUACCUCGUCAUAUUCUUGCACAGUUUGAACAGAACCAAAGGAAGGUGUUACAAAACAUAGCUGAAAAAACAAACUUGCUGUCUCAUCGUUGUCGAAGAAUUAUUGUUCUCAACUUGGGUAAGGAAAAUAAAUACAGUCGUUCUUCAGUGGAAAACCUUCGAAUACCCUCCAUGUUACAUGACUAUCUGAUGUUCAUGGAAGAGCUGGAGCUCCCCCUUCAAGAUAGGAUUCUUUAAUUUAUUAUUGUUGGCCUAGAGGAACAUUAUUGACCUACAUUUACUUCAUGUAUGUAAAUUUGUCUUUUUUUUUUUUUGAUGAUGCUCCUGCACUGGCAGACAACAUCAAACUGUUUUAAUUUAAAAGAUUUAAAGGAAAUUUAAAGAAUAAUAGAAUCAAUCAUUCCAGUCCAACUUUUACAAGUACAUUUUUGUAUCUUCUUUGAAAUGACUUCAUUAAUAUAGUAAAACUUUCUGAGCAUUGCUUGCUUAAAAUGGUAAACCAAUAUCUCUGCACUACUUGCUUUUCAAUUGUUUUAGUUUUUUAUACACAUCAAAUUAGGCUAUUUUUAAAAAAAAAAGGUUUAUACUGACCUUUAUUUAACCAUAAACUGUUGAAGUUUAAGUUGUCAAUAGUAAAAUUUUCAACUUGGUUCAUCAAAAAGAUGUACCAAUUUUAAAAACCAUUCAGAGCAGUACAGCAACCUCUCAGUUCUAUGCAGUAUGUUUGAAUCCAACAAUUGAGUACUCUGAAGACUACUUUUUUUACAAAAACACUAGACUGCUAAAUAGAGAAAGUGCUUUUUUUUUUUUUUUUUUUUUUUCAAGUAAGACCAGGACAACAGCAUUACAAUUUGCAUUCAAAAUUUUCCUUAGAAUCUGUUCAAUUUAAAUAUUGGUGUUUGGUUUUAGUUUCAUUGCUAGUAAUAAUUUAGGGAUAGUGUUAGGCUCCAGUUGAGAACUAGAAUUAUAUUGGAUUGAGUUUAGUUUAUGUGAUUAGUGUUAAAGAGUUAGGUUUGGUAUGAGGGCUUGGUAAAGAAUGGUUAUUUUAGAAAUAGAUCUAUGACCUUACUUUUCAUCUAGAUACAUUUGAUUUUUAUUUCUGUUGUUUAAAUGACAUAUAUUUUGUAUGUAUGUCUGACAAGUACAACCAAAGACCCCCCACCCCCCCCUUUUUUUUUUUCCCAACUUUAACUAUAACUGAUAAUUUUUGUGAUAGCAAAUAAUCUGAAUGAUAUGGAAUAAGAUUUCUGUUUGAUAUUAUUCUAUUUUUGCUCAUGCUCUACAUACAGAAAUUAGUUUUUACUCUAAUAGUAAGAUGAAAAUUAAUUAAUUAAUCUCUUAAAGUUCCCAUUUCAGAUCUUGCCAUCUAUAGGGCAGAUGAUGUAAAGGUUAUCUGUUUCUGUGGUCCAUGGCUAACGAUGGUGUCAUUUGGCCAGCACAAUGACCAACCAUCUUUACUUUUCCCCAACUAAUGUCAGGUACCUGCCUGCAUUUUAAAUUCAAUAGUAAUAUUGGGCUCAGUUCAACUUUGCAAUCACUUGAUAGAUCAACAGUGCAAACUUCUUGUGUGUUGGGAUUGUUUUUAGAUAGAUAGUUAUUUUUUUUUUAAAUUAUAUAUUCUUAAUUCUAUGGUGCCACUCCACAAUGACACGUUGCUGCUUCCGUUUUUUUAUCUUCCUAAAAAUGUGUCGCCUCAUCCAGCUGUGUCCUGCUCUAGGCAAAAAUCUGGAUUAUUAUGUUAAUAAAUAAUUGAAUGUUUUAAAAUGAUAUUAUGAUUUCCUUAGCUAAGUACUGAUUAAUCACAUUGAAUGAUUUGUUGAAAUUUUAUAUUUUUUAUAUAUUGUUUGAUCAAUGGUCUAAAUAUAAUCAUCAUGUCAAGUAUGGUCCAGGUAUCAUAAGUAUGAUAGGGUACAAAAUGAAUUAGCUAAUCAAUUUUAUUGACAGAAUGUCAACUUUUUAGCAAAUGAUUUUAAUUGCUAGUGCUGUAAGUGUAUUCUAAAAUUGUGUUUUUGGGCAAUAUGAAAAUUUAUUCAUUUCUUUUUCUUGUUUGUUUUUAGGCUACAUCCUUAUAAUGGCUUAUAAUGAACUUGAAUGUUUUCUGAUUUCAUUUUUUACAUUUCUGAGACAUUAGAAUCUCCUUUCAAUUGUUUUGUAAAUAGAACUUGACUGUCAUUUUUUUAAAAAAUGUUUUGAUUUUCUUUUUAAAUUGUUGUAACUGAUAAUUUUCAAGAUAGAAAACUUCUUAUUAGAAAGCUUUUUUUUGAUAUUUAAUUAGUUGUUUUAUUACAAAUUUUAAUUACAACUAGAACAUUUAAAAAUCAGGUUUAGAUAAUCCAGACAUGAUCCUGAAACAAUUACAGUGACACAAUAAUCAUCUAUCAAUGGAAUGAGAGGAAAGUGCAGUAUACGAGCAUGAAAUAGUUGCUAAAGCGUGGUCGAGAGGCCAAGUGCGCUUGAACUUGGCUUAGCUACUUUUUUAGGUUUGACACCUGACUCAGGCAGAGUUGUGUUUGCUUAGCGCCUAAAGGCAGCACGGAAAACCAACUCCUAGAUACCCCCUCCCCCCACUGGUCCACAAAUGAGAUUGGACCAAAAGCGCUCUGAGCAUGCUAUAAGCAUGAAAGUAGCGCUAUAUAAAAGCUAUAAUAAUAAAAGCAACAAGCAGCCAAACUUGGAUCUGUCUGUUGAAACUUGACAAGUUUGUCGUUGUACACUUUUGUGUAGUAUUGUACAAGGUCUUAGUACUUUGUCAUAUUCCCCUACACAUUCUUAGUGUGAUGAUGGGUUAUUAGAUCCAAGAUGUGAUGCAUAGUUUUAACUUUAUCUUACACUACCACAUGUACCAAAACAAAUAAGACCUCUAGUGGAUUUUAAAUUAGAAAUGUUAUAACAAUAAGAUUAAAAUCCACAUUAUCAGCAAUCUUAUUGGUGGCUCUUCUAUGUCAUUUUCCUCUAAUGUCAUAACUUUUAUGCAAACAUUUGCACUACCCUGCACCAUUUUACCACAAAGUUACGUGUGCAGCUUCUUAUAGCAUACAAACUUAGAUCUAAAUCCCUUUCAUAACUUUCAGUAUUUAUUUGGUAUGACAAAGUUGUUGUUUUUUUAAAUAGAAAAAUAGUCACAAUCAACAGGUUUUGUUGGCUCCUGAAUAGUGCAGAUAUUGAUUUCUGCUGUCAAGAGUUAUUUAUAUACAUCUUUUGUAGAGGUAUGAAAGAAAUUAACAUAAUCUUCAGUUAAGCAAGAUGUUCCUGUUGCUAAUCUUGAGUGUAAAAACAAA